AGGUCUGAAUUGAAACCUUUACAUCUUUCCACUAUUUUGUUCUGUUUCUGUCAAAGUAAUUCGAUCCAAAGAAGAUGCCAACUGGAACGCUUGAAGUUAUUCUUGGAAAUGCCAAAGGCCUUGAAGACCAAAAUUGGCUCACUAGUAUGAAUCCUUAUGUUGUCAUCACCUGCCGGACUCAAGAGAAGGAAAGUAGUGUUGCAUCAGGUGAAGGAUCUGAACCUGAAUGGAAUGAGACUUUCCUUUUCACCAUCAGUCAGGGUGUCGAAGAGAUCACCCUCAGGAUUAUGGAUAAAGAUACAUUCAGUUCGGAUGAUUUUGUUGGAGAAGCAACAAUUUCCUUACAUGAAGUGUUUCGUGAACGGGAAGUGCCAACACGCUCUUACAAUGUUAUCAAAGAUGAAGAAUAUUGCGGAGAGCUAAAACUUGGCCUUACUUUCACUGCUGAGUUGGGUUCUGAAAGAGGAUGUGAUGAAGAAGGCUAUGGUGGACGUAGACAAUCACGCGAUGACUACAGGGGAAGUGAUGAAGAUAAUAAUGGAGGACGUAGAAAAUCGCGCGACGACUUCAGUGGAAGUGAUGAAGAUAAUCAUAGUGGACGUAGAAAAUCGCGCGACAACUACAAUGGAAGUGAUGAAGAUAAUCAUAGUGGACGUAGAAAAUCACGCAAUGAUUACAGUGGAAGUGAUGACGAUAAUCAUGGUGGACGUCGAAAAUCGCGCGAAGACUACAGCAGAAGUAAUGAAGAUAACUAUGGUGGAUUUAGAGAAUCACGCGAUGACUACUAAUCCCGGGAGUUGAGUUUAUUUAGUGCACGUGUGGUUACAGGAAAUAAUCCUAGUGAUAAUAAACGCUGCAUCAAUUGUUUGUAGUUUGUUACAUUCCUCAACCUUCUUUUUGUCUAUAUCAACAUGAGGUGUUGUCAAUGGCUUGGUUUUCUUAGCCUUGUCAUCACUCUUCCAAGUAAA